UCUCAAAUCAACCAUUCUCUCGCACAUCGUCAUAAAAAAACAGAGUGUUCUUUACGAGAGUAUCUGUUUCACUUUGCAGUGUCAAUUUUACACACAUAGUAUACAAUAAACAUAGAAUUAAAAGAAGAAAAAACUACUCCAUUUUGAUUCAACAUAGUUAACAGCAAAACAACAACAACAACAUGUGUGAAACAAAGAUUAGUACUAUGAACAACUACACGGAAAACCUAAUUUCAGAGGCUGAUUCCACAAUGCUACACACGGAAAAUGAGACGCAGAUGAUAAUUACCGAAGCGAAAUCCCUUUUAGCAGUGGCGUUACCAAUAGCACUAACAGCUUUAAUAUUCUACGCGCGUUCCAUGGUAUCUAUGAUGUUCCUCGGUAAACUAGGUGACGUGGAACUCGCAGCAGGUUCAUUAGCAAUAGCUUUUGCAAACAUAACCGGUUAUUCCGUUCUUUCCGGUUUAUCGUUAGGAAUGGAACCGCUUUGUUCUCAAGCUUUCGGUGCUAACCGUCCAAAACUUCUCUCAUUAACACUUCAACGGUGCAUAAUUUUUCUUUUAGUGUGUUCCAUUCCCAUUUCUUUCUUAUGGUAUCAAAUGUCUAGAAUCUUCUAUUUUUUACAUCAAGAUGAAAAAAUCACCCGCAUGUCACAGACUUAUCUUGUUUUUAUGUUACCCGAUCUUGUAACUAACUCUUUUCUUCAUCCAAUUAGAGUUUACCUUCGCGCUCAAUCCGUCACCUACCCGGUUACUUUAGCAACGUUGGUCGGAACUUUUUUACAUUUACCUUUUAAUUUUUUACUUUUCAAAAGAGGAAUUUCUGGAAUUGCUAUUGCUUCGGCUGCUUCUAAUUUUUCGGUUUUGGUUUUUUUGAUUGUUUAUAUUUGGAUAAGUGGGGUCCACAAAGCAACGUGGAAUGCGCCGAGUUUAAAGUGUUUUUCCGGCUGGGAGCCGUUGAUUCGGCUCGCUGCGCCGAGCUGUGUUUCGGUUUGUUUAGAAUGGUGGUGGUAUGAGAUAGUUAUUGUUUUAUGUGGGGUACUGGUGGACCCCACUGCUACUGUUGCUGCUAUGGGGAUUUUAAUUCAAACGACGUCGUUGAUUUACGUUUUUCCUUCGUCGUUGGGACUCGCGGUUUCGGCGCGUGUUGGAAAUGAGCUUGGAGCGAAUCGUCCUAAAAGUGCGAGAGUUUCAGCGGUGUUGGCGGUGUUUUUUGCGGCGAUUAUGGGAUUUACGGCGGUGGUUUUUGCUAUGAUGAUGAGACGGAGGUGGGGGAAGAUGUUCACCGGAGAUGAAGAGAUUUUACGGUUAAUAGCGGUGGCGUUACCGAUAUUAGGAUUCUGUGAGCUUGGAAACUGUCCGCAGACGGUUGGUUGCGGUGUUGUGAGGGGAACGGCACGGCCGAAAGUGGCGGCGAAUGUGAAUUUAAGUGCUUUUUAUAUGGUGGGGAUGCCGGUUGCGGUUGGGCUUGCUUUUUGGUUUGAUUUUGGGUUUUGUGGGCUUUGGUUGGGCCUUUUAUCGGCCCAAGUUUGUUGUGCGGGACUUAUGUUGUAUAUUGUGGGGACCACUGAUUGGGAACAACAGGCAUGUAGGGCUCAGUUAUUAAUGUCAUUUGAUGAAGGGAAUGGAUCGGACGGACAGAAAGAGCCAUUGAUUAAUGGUUUGGAAAAUGCUUGAUGAUGUUAAUUUGAUGGUGUAAUAUUUUUGUUUUUUGUUUGUAAUUUUUAUAUUCGAAGAUAAAUGUGAAUUACCAUUAUUUUGUUGCCACUUUUUUUAA